GUAGACCUAAAUGUAAAAAUUCUUGAUAAGCUAAAAGCUAAUGGAUAUGCGUUACCUCUUUAUUAAUCCUAUUAUUUUUACCACCUAUUGGAAGGUACCUUCCAGGUACGUAUUUGGUGCGGUAUUCAUGGAUGUUCUUCGUACUUGCCUCGAGAAGUUUUGGCGGUUGCCAAUGAAGCUACCUAGGCUGCCGCCUAACCACCAUAAUCUAGGUAAGCCCUGGAGGUAUCAACUGACUGCCCCUCCUGUUUUCAAUCCAACAUCACCAUCAUUAUCGGCGUUUCCAACCAUAAAGAAAAAUAUAUUACAUAAGCAUUAGUCUUGUCGCCUUGGGAAUAAUUCGUUUGUAGCUCAGCUCAGACACCUCUCUUCCAAAACAGCGAUUUCAUGAGAAAAUAUGUCAACACCCAUGCAACUUGACUUGCCUCUUCGUCAGGCAUCCAAGAUGACAGGGAAUAAGCGAUCAAAUGGGGACGUGGGCAUGACUUCCACAUCGACCAUAGCCCCCUCUACAGAGGAUUUCGCAAGGGAUUUAAUAACAGAGCGAGACGACUCUUCCAUGGCCAUUUCUUCCGAUCUAAAAAACUUGCGAAUCUCGAGUUCCCGAGAACGACCUCUGUUUCCCAGAUACACAAAGGAUCUAGAAAUGUCUAGUGCUUCUAACACACACGUAUCUAACCCCUCCGACGUUGGCGGUAGUAAGAGGAAAUAUACGUGGAACAGUAUGGCGGAGAUGAUUAGUGCACAUGUGGAGGAGCUGAAGGAGAGACCGCCUCUCGGCACGCCCAAGGAGGACGCUAAGCAGAUUGGUAAAAGUGGCGGAGGAUCUCAGCAGAUAUCGAACAGCAAGGGAAAGGAGAAGGCAAAGGGAGCCUUCAUUUAGGAAGCUGAUGAGAUAAAAGGAAGAAAACGUCAAUUUAGGUUCUCACGCUAUAAUAAGUUGUGAGAGGACGAAGUCUA